AUGAAUACUCUUGAAAAAAUUUAUCAAGUUCCAGAAGAUCUUGUACUAAAAGUCGAGACUGGGGAGACUAUAUCAGAGGAUCGUGAAAUAUUAAUUGAUUUUCCAAAUCGAAUGAAUUGGGGACUCGGUACCCUCUUGAAUGUAUAUAUAACGUCCAAGUCUUUUAUUAUUUUUGAUCCCGAGCAAAAUUUUGGCUGGAGGAUCCCAUACAAGCUAAUCACUUUACACGCUAAACAAAGUAAUCCGAAACCUUUUGUCUACUUACAGUUGGAAGGAGAACUCAAGUCUUUAUGUUCAUGUAAAACGACGCCUGAAGAACAGGAGUCCUUAAAAGAAGGGAGUCUACAAAAGAAUGGUGAUAGAGAAGUUAUAGUUGAUGCGCAUGGUUCCUUGCUUCAUUCAAAUGCUUUAUCGGUUUCUGAAAAUGACUUUGAGUCAAUGUCGAAAAUUGCUGUUACACCAGUGUCAGCUUUACUGCAGGAUCAGUCUGGAAACGUGUAUCGUUGUAGAAAUACUACUGAGCUUUCCAAUACUUACUGUUAUCUUUAUGGCCAGGAACCUCAAUACCGGGCUGAGGAUACUAAUGAAUCCACUGAAUCUAGCAACGCCUCAGAAAGCGACGAAGACGUUAUAGGUUCCUCCGUUUUCGAAAUAACUCUUUUUGUAUCAGAUUUUGAUGCCUGUUACCAAGCUUUAUGUUCAUGUCAGUCUUUGCAUCCUGAUCCUCUCUCCGAUGAAGAUGAAGAGCAAAAUGCGUUCUCAUUACUCUCUGAUCCAAAUCAUCAAUGGAUUACAGCAGAUAAUUUAGAUGACAGUGCUAAUAUUCUAGAAGUUGAUACUGAUCCAGAAUACUCAAAAUGGCAGCGUACAGAGUGA